ACAUAUUUCAUUGCGUCAUUUGGCAUUUCACCUUUGAAGAAAAGAUAAAGUAUAACUUGAACAUCACGAAAGGGAAGAAUAAAUACAAAUCAAGAACAACAAAAUUGGGGAAAAAAAGGAGAAGAUGAAGCUUGUUUGGUUUCCAGAGACAGCCUCCAAGGCUUAUUUCGACACCGUAAAAUCAGUAAGUUCAACCACUAAACUCGUUUCGAUACCCCUAAAAUGUUCUGGGAUUAGCCAUGGAUUUUCCUGUCGUUGAUGCCCAACAGAAGAUCCAUGGAAAAAUAGGUACUUGAUAUUUCCGUUAGCUGGUAAUUCCUGAUGCCUAAAACUCGUCGAAGGUCUGAAUGGUGUCAACUUCAAAAAGAAUCUGGUGUAGCAGAACUUAUAUCCGCCAUGGCAGCCGGGUGGAAAGCAAAGCUAAUAGUAGAAACAUGGUCGCAGGGUGGGCCAAUUACGACUAGUAUCGGUCUCUCUGUUGCAAGCCACCAUGGCAGCGGCAGGCAUAUUUGCAUAGUCCCUGAUGAAGAGUCGAGGGUGGAGUACGCAGCAGCCAUGGAAAAGGCCGGUAUGUCGUCCCAUAUCAUCGUUGGCGAGGCGGAGAAGGUGGUGGAAAGUUUAGUUGGCAUUGAUUUUUUGGUAGUGGAUUGCAGGCGGAACAACUUCGCGAGAAUCCUUCGGGCGGCGAAACUUGGCCAGAAGGGUGCUGUGCUCAUAUGCAAGAAUGCAAAUUCAAGAGCGGCGUCGGAUUUUAGGUGGCGAAGUGUGGUAGGUGGUGAGUCAAGGAUUGUGCGGUCAAUAUUUUUGCCGGUGGGGAAGGGGCUGGAUAUUGCACAUGUGGGGGCGAGAGGUGGAGGCGCUGCCUCCGGAAAGGCUGAGAAACGGUGGAUCAAACGUAUUGAUCGAGAGUCUGGCGAAGAGUUUGUCAUCCGGAGGUGAAUUCUAAAGAGAGAGAGAUGGGCUGCGUGCAAAGCGACAACAUUUUUUUGUUCCUUUUCUUGGUUUUGUUUUGUGUAUAGAAUUAAGAAAAAUUGAAAGAACGUGUAGAUUAAGAUAAGACUACCUUCAGUUGUAUGCUAACAUCUUCAUAUAAGUUCGACCUUGUUAGAAACGUUGCACAACUUGGUAACAGAAAUCAUGAGAAUCAAAGGAAUGAUGAGGAGAUCAAAAGAUCUUGAAGUGAUAAAUACGAAAUUGUUAAUUUGUUAUUUGAUA